AUGUCUGUUAUCUGUACCUUAGGUAGUGAUAUCUCAGCCCUGGAGGCGGGCCUGCAGCAUCUUCUGCCAUGGUCUCAAGUAACCAUUUUAGUAGACUGCAGUGGAAGGCCAACAUGGAAGCUCGCCGUCGUGGUGAAGACUUCACCCUUGCGUAACUUGGGCCUACCCCUAAGCCCGGCCCAUCCGGGCAUAACCAAGCAUAGUCAUAGUAUCUUGCUCGUUUAUUUAUUCUACUUAUCCUACAAUAACUUAUCUCUCCCCCUCCAUCGCUUAAACUAUCUCCAUUAUCAAAAAUCUGUCCAUCGCCAGCGUCUUCUUAAGUCUUUUUAUAGGGAGGUUAGGGGCAUCACGUGA